GUAUAGUUCUGUUGACAUCUCCUUUGGCAGCUGGUGCCUGGUAGAGAUGAAUUAAGAAACCUUCAUACGCUUAUAAGAUUUGCAGUCUUCAUCAGUUAUCAUGAGUAUUCCAGACUUGAAUUUUGUUGUGAGUGAAGACACUCCUAUUGUUAAUGAAGAGUAUGGGGGUUUACAUAACCAUCUCUUGGAAGAAAACAUUGAAAUAGAACCUGAAAUUGGUAUGGUUUUUGAUAGUGCAGAAAAUGCUUACACUUUUUAUAACUCUUAUGCAAGAAGGGUUGGUUUUAGUGUGAGGAUUUUCAGAACAAACAAAAACAAAGUUGAUAGUAAAGUAAUUCAACGUCAAGUUUUAGUGUGUUCAUGUGAGGGAUUUUACAAGAAAGUCAAAACACCUCAGAAGAAACGAGAUGAGACACGUUGUGAUUGCAAAGCAUCCUUUGCAUUUAAACGUGUUCCAAAUAACAAGUACCAAGUGAUUGGUUUUGAACCAGUGCAUUCUCAUGACCUUGCACCACUUGAGCAUGUUGGUUACUUGAGGUCUCAACGAAAAAUUGAAUUUACACAAGCUGAAUUGAUGACAACAAUGCAUGCAUCUGGGUUGAAGCAAGGACAAAUUUUCUCCUAUAUGUGUGAAGAAGCGGGUGGAAUUCAGAAUCUUAAUUUUACAAAAUCAGAUUGUAAUAACUUUCUUCAAAGAAGACGUGCUGAAUUUUUCAAAAAAGGUGAUGCAGAAUGUCUUCUAGAGUACUUCAAGCAGAAAAAAGAGGAGAACAAACAUUUCUUCUAUUCCUUCAGAACAUAUGAAGAUGGUGAAAUAUGUGGAGUAUUUUUUUGUGAUGCAAAAUCUAGACGUGAUUAUGGGCUCUUUGGUGAUGCAAUCUGCUUUGACACGACGUUUCGAACAAAUAAAUAUGACAUGUUAUGCGCACCCAUUGUCGGCAUAAACCAUCACGGACAAACAUCAUUGUUUGGUUGUGGCCUACUAGAUGGGGAAACAUAUGAUGCAAUUACUUGGUUAUUUACUACCUUUUUUGAGGUUAUGGGAGGACAGAAACCAAGGAGCAUAUUCACGGAUCAGUCAGCUGCUAUAUCAUCUGUAGUUGAUGAGCUUUUGCCUCAAUCCCAUCAUGGAUUAUGCUUGUGGCAUUUAUGUCAAAAUGCGGCAAAACACUUGGGUUCUAAUGGAUACAAAACAUUUUCAUCACAAUUCAAAUCAUGUAUUUAUGAUCCAGAAACUGUUGAAGAAUUUGAGCAAAGUUUGGAGAAGUUUCUUGAAGAAAAUGGGCUUCAAGAUAAUGAAUGGCUGCGAAGAACAUAUGAGGUGAGGAGAAAAUGGGCUCAAGUAUAUAGUCGUUCUCACUUUUGUGCAGGUAUGACCACUUCACAGAGAAGUGAGAGUAUCAAUAAGUUCCUCAAGAACUACUUCACACAUGGAAGAAUUGUGCUACAAGAAUUUGUGCGCAUGUACUCAAGAGCAAUGGACGACCGUCGUGAAAAAGAAAGGGAGGCUGAGCAUAAAACAAUCCAAACAAAGCCGAAUUUCAUUUCUAAUUGGUCAGUUGAACGUGAAGCAGCCAAAAAGUACACAAGGAAAAUUUUUAAUCUGUUUCAACAAAGUGUUAAGAAACUCAUAGAUUUGUCACUUGAGUCAGAGCAUAAUGAUGGGAACGUGAUUAUUUAUAAAGUUAGGGAGAUUGAAGGCUGUCAAAGGGUUCGCACAGUUACAUACAAUCCCUUGGAAGAAAUGGUGACUUGCUCAUGUAGGAAGUUUGAGUUUCAUGGAAUUUUAUGCUCACACGGGCUGAAAUUGUUUCGCCACUUGGAGAUAAAAAGUUUGCCUCCUCACUACUACUUGAAGAGAUGGACAAGAGACUCAACGUAUCAAGAUAUUUGUGAUCCCGAUGGAGAGAUAAUUCCAAAUGAUAAUGAUCCAACUCUAACUUCUCGAUAUAGUGAGAUAUCACACAUUUCACAAAGAAUCAUUUCCAAAGGCUCCAGAAACAUAGAUGUUUUUAACAUAUGCAAGUCUCUAUUGCUCAAGGUCGAAACAAGUAUUGAUCAAUAUUUGGGUACAAAUAUAGAUGAAAACAAUUUGAAUCCAGUCAUUGUUGUUGAUCAAUCAACUCCAAACCCCCAGAUAAUUUGUGAAUUGCGAGAUCCAAAAAAACGAAGAGCGAAGUCAAGCAAAAGAAUUAAAAGUGCAUUAGAAACGAGGUCGCGUAAGAAGGCUAAACAAAAGUGUGAGCCGAUGAACCUUAGUCAUGCUAUGGAGUCGAUAAAUGUUGGACAGGGCCCAAAUGAAAGUGGUAGCAAUAAAGGUUCAGAAAUGAUGGAACAGAAUGUUAUAUACCCAGAUGCAAUGAUUCCGGUUCAAAGUGAUUUUCGGCCGUGGUUUUAAAACAAUGUUGCUGUUUUGAGGGUGUUGCUGAUGUGCAUAGUAUAAUUGCACUAGUAAAAUUUUUGACUUGUAAAGUUCUAUAUGUAAUCAAUCCCAAGGGGAAAGUUAAUUUUUUGAACCCCUAUUUACCUUUAAAUGGGUGAUGUUUUGAUGUUUUGUUGGGGUUAAUUUGGCUGCAUUGCAGGUUUUGUUGAAGUUUUUGUUUUUGUUUGACUAGGUCUGGUGUAGUAAGGAUUUAGGUCUAUCCUGGAUGGGUUUUUUGUUCCUCAAUGCUAGUUUUGAGGGGGAAUGCCCUUGACUUUCUUGUAUUCUAGUCAAUUGUUUAUAUACUGCUUUGUAUUGUAAUCUGUCUGGAAAGAAUUUGCUUAGCUUGUCCCAUAUUAGAUGUAUGUUGUUCAUUACUUCAUUGGAGUAUUUGUGUAAUCUGUCU